AAAACACGCUCGCAGGAGUCUGCGCAGUCGCAAAUGUCAGCAUUAUGUCUAAUGGGAUUUUGAAAUAUUGCAACUUCCCCCACUCUCUCGUGUCGCCAACACUUUGAAACGUGGAAGAAAAACGUAGCGCGUGGCGCUUAGGUGCAGAGAAAGUAGUGUAUGGGGUUGUUAAAUUAGACGUGGAGAAGCUUGUCGCAGGUUUACAAGUGUGUUUUGAAUUAAAGUUGUGUGAAAUUACAAAAAGAUGUCCAAGUCCCAAAGUAAAGGCUUCACUAAAGAAGAAGAGCUGCUGCUACAAGACUUCAGCAGGAACGUAUCAACAAAAUCGUCGGCCUUAUUUUAUGGUAACGCUUUGAUAGUUUCUGCAGUACCAAUCUGGUUAUUCUGGAGAAUACAUUUAAUUGAGAUUUAUUCCUCGUUGAUUUUGUUCGUCGUGGUUACUUCCAUAGCCACCUAUCUGUUGGCUUUGGCCUAUAAAAAUACCAAGUUCACUUUGAAGCAUAAGAUCGCCGUGAAGAGAGAAGAAGCCGUCACUAGAGAUUUGUCAAAGAAAUUGUCAGAAGACAAGAAAAUGAGCAAAAAGGAAAAGGACGAGAGAAUCUUGUGGAAGAAGAACGAAGUUGCUGAUUUUGAAGCCACUACAUUGUCGAUUUUCUACAACAAUGCGCUGUUUUUGACAAUCGUGAUCAUCUCUAGUUUCUACUUGCUGCCGUCGUUCACUCCGCCAGUCAACUACACGAUCUCCAUUGGCGUGACCUCAGGCCUUCUGGCCUUACUUUCCACUGGUUCACAAUAAAACAAUUCGUUCAUUUGUAGUGUUCCAUGAUUUUUUGUAAUUUAUUUUGUUUAAUAAAAUAAUUAAUGCAAAAUUUACAA